CAUCAUCAUCAUCAUGAUGACAUGAAUCUUUAAAUCUCUCGAAAUUCAUUUCAACAAUCGUCCAUCAUUAUAUAAUCAAUCAUGAUUUCAACAACAACAAUAAUUUUAUUGUCAUUACUGGCAAUAAUGUUGGCCAAUAAUUCAAUGGCCAAUACAUUUAUAUGGGAUCCAAAUAAUACGGAUAAUAUUGAAUUGAUUCGAUCACCAUUUAGUCGCUCUCAUCAAACAUUUGCCAAUCCACCAAAAUGCGUUCCAAUUCCAGCCAAUCUUACACUGUGUAAUGGUAUUAAAUAUCAACAAAUGCGUCUACCAAAUCUACUUUUACAUGAAACAAUUAAUGAAAUUAUUGAACAAUCUAGUUCAUGGUUACAAUUAUUAAGAAUUGGUUGCCAUCCAGAUACAAAAUUAUUUCUUUGUUCAUUAUUUAGUCCUGUAUGCCUGGAUCAAACAAUACCACCAUGUAGAUCAUUAUGUGAAAAUGUACGUAGAAAUUGUGAACCAUCAAUGUUGGUACAUGGUUAUCAAUGGCCACCAAUGAUGCAAUGUAAUUUAUUUCCAAUUGAAAAUAAUAUGUGCAUUGAAUCACAACAACAACAACAACAGACAACUACUACAACCGAUAAAUCAAUAAAUCAUAAUGUUGGUCAAUCAUCGAUUCGUGGCAAUAACAACAACAAAAUCAAUCAAUCAAAUAAUAAUCGAACCGAAAUGGAACAAUUUCAACGAAAAUUAAUGAAUUCUAUUUGCAAUUCGGAUUGGGUAAUCAAAAUUGGCCUAAAUCAAAUACGUAACAAUCGUAUACGAGUAAAAAAAUUCAAACCAAUAUUUGGUACAUUAAAUGUGCCAUUACCAUUUGCAUUGAAUAUAAAUAAAUCAAUGAUCAUAAUUGAUUCGAAUGAUGACCAGAAUGUAGAAUCUAACAUUACGAAUCGAACAUUGCCUAAUCGAAUAAAAUCAAAUAGAGAAAAAUUUAUUAUUAUUGGUCGUGGUAAUGAUCACCCGAAUGAUUUACAGGUCAUUUUAGCUUUAAGUUGGCAAAAAAAUACCGCACAAAUCAAAAAAGCUAUUCGUAAAGUAAAAAAUAAUGAUGGUUGUAAGAAAUUUUUGAUGAAAAUUUCCAAUUCAUCACAACAAUCAUCAUCGAUUCAUAAUGUUUCGAUAGCAAACAAUGAACAAACCAGAACAACAGCGAAACGUAAUCGAAAUCGUAAUCGAAAAAAGAAUUCAAACAUAGCAAGAAGAGAAUGAAUGAAUGUCCAAUGCCAAAAAAUCGAUACCAUCUCAUUUCAUUAAAUCAUUCAUUCAUUUUCAUGGAUGAAUUAU